AGGCGAGAUCCGUGGCGAACGGUCAGUUUCCACCGCAAUGGACCGAGCAUCGGCGAUCGGCACGAUGCAGUUUUGUUCGAGAAGAAAAUCCCGGCCAUCAGGUGUCUGGCUGCUCUGCAUUUUCCUCUGUGUUUUCCACCUCGCCGAUGCCAACAUCUACGACUGUAAAACGAAGGUGCGAGACGAGUGGAUCAAGUACUGCAUAUCCGGCUACGAAGCCAGAGCUAAGCGACAGGUACCGGAAGUCCCGGCAGAUCCGCGCUUCCGUCUUGUAUCCCCGAUAUCGGGGGACGAUCUGGGCUUUGGAUUGAGCGACGAAGACAUGAAUCAACUCUUCGAGGACUUGACGGCGCGCAGUCCUCGGGCUGCGAAGAACAAGGAACAAUUCGUGAAGAUGAUGAACGGCUUGGCGGCUCGUUGCUGCAACGAGAAUCUACGGGGGGGUUGCAUCGCUUCCGAUAACAUGAUAAAUUGUCCAUGAAUCGUGAGCAGGGCGGUAAUACGAUAGCGGGAAACAUGUGUCGCCUGGCUUCUGCUUUUUCUUCCACUUUGCUCUCCGCUGGUGCAUAGAAAAAUACAAAACACCAUAUAGAUAUGAGUUGGCGAUUUAACACCUUUUCUUUGUGCGCGCAUCGCACGCUUGUGUUGAAAAUGGAACGAUUGUUGUUCUCACGCGUUUGUUCAACGACACCGCGGAUCGAUUACUAGAUUAUAUUACCUAUUGUACGCCGUAUAUGGUAUACGUUAUACACCUAUAACUUGCAUUUUUACAACUGUACCUAUGUGUGUUUACUAUUAUAUUCACUGCAUACGCGUAUGUAAUAAUUACUUGCCUUGCAUCGAAUUUCCACGCGUUUUCAGUGUCUAUAUAUGUAUACCUACCUGUCGGUUAUAGCUCGCUGGGACAAGUGGAAACCCUUAAGGUGAAAGUCAUUCACCCUAUAAUAUAUCUCAAGUGCGGUGAAUAUGCUAUUGAAGCGAAGAAAUCACUUCAGUGCGACAUUCUAUAAAUAGCCAAGUUUCGCUGAAUUUGUUGAUUU